CGCGCCUGGUGCCAAAGGCACCUCGCAGCUGCCCCAGGCUGCGCUCAGUCCCACAUAUCCAUGGACCAGCUCGCGAACUACGACUCGGAUAGCGGCAGCUCGGACCCCGGCGACUCUGCCCCGGCGUCCAAGCGGCCGCGUGCGGCGCCGCCUCCUCCGCCGCUGCAUCGCCUGCCGUCGCCGCCAAUCGAGUUGCCGCCGCCGCCGCUCGACUCCCCUCAGGCGGACGAGGCUCCGCGCCCGGUGCGCCAGUUUCCGCACGUCGACGGGCAGUACGCGACGCACGUCUUCUUGCCCCUCCGCCCCGGGACCGCCCUGCAGGGGGAGAUUGACGCCGCGGUGGCACGGCUGGGCUGCGGGGCGCAAGGCGACGCGGGGUGUCGGCCGGGCGUACAGAGGCUGGCCGCGUCCGAGUACCACGUCUCGCUCUCCCGCACGCUCACAUUGCGGCGACCGCAGCUUGACGCCUUUGCCGAAGCGCUCAGAUUCGCGCUCAAGAGGUGCGCCGCCCCCACCCUGCAGAGCGGUUCGCUCUGCGAGCUCGCAAACGACAGCCGCACGCGCUUCUUCGCCGCCGUCGAGGUGCGCGACUCCGCCGGCGGCGGCGGCGGCGGCGGUGCUGGGUCGGCCGCUGUGGCAGGCGGCGGGGCGGCGGGCGCGUCGGGUGCGCGGGAGGACGCGCCGGUCGGAGGCAGGUUCACGGCUGGCCUAGAGGUCUGCCCGAGCUUGCGCGAGAGUAGGCGCGCUGGUCGAUGCGGUCGACCGAGUCGUCACGGCGUACGGCGGAGAAGCUUUCUACGCGGAGCGGCGGCGCCGAGAUGUAGCCGAGAGACAGCCGGGAGACAGCCGAGAGACAGCCGGGAGACAGCCGAGAGACAGCCGGGAGACAGCCGAGACACAGCCGAGACACAGCCGGGAGACAGCCGAGACACAGCCGAGACACAGCCGGGAGACAGGCCCGUUUCCCUCCUCGCGGCCUCCCUCUCCUCUCGCAAAUUGCGCGGGAGGGUUGUGACCCGGCGGCGACCCGGCACGCACAGCCUCCACCUCUCGGUCGCGUGCUCAAUCUCGGGGAAUCUCGGGGGAUCUCGGGGGAUCUCGGGGAAUCUCGCACAGGCUCCACUUCUCGGUCGCGUGGGCGCUCUCUCCUCUCGGGCUCUGCAAGGGGCCGAGGGCGGGCGGCGGCGGCGGCGGCGGCGGCAGGAGCGGCGGGAGCGGCGGCGGCGGCGGCGGCGGUGGAAGCAGGAGCGAGUUCGGUGCUUGUGGAGUCGGGGCGGGUGGCUCGGGCGAGCUGCGGGCGGCUCGGCUGGCGGGGCACGCCCUGCGCUCCCGCGAGGUGGUGUGCCGGAUGGGGGAGCGAGAGCUAACGUUUCAGCUACCGCGCUGAGAGUAGAGGCUCAGGCGGGGGCGUUCCGUUUUCAUCUCCGGGUGUCUCUGUAUGUAGCAACUGAUGUGCG